GCAGAGAGAAGUAAAGCGUAAAGCAGAGGGGUGGAAAGUGCAAUUAGAAAAAGUUGUUGUUAUCUUCUUCUCCGCCCACCUGACCUGUCCUUUAACCUCUAUCCUCUUCUUCCAAACUCUCUACUACUUGGUUAAACCCUAUUUCACAACAUAAUCUUCUCGUCUCAAUUCUCCAACUAGUGUAGUAGUAGUAGAACCAGAAGAGAUAAAUAUGAACCCAUCAUCACUUCUCCUCCCUACCAAUCAACCUUCUGCAAACACUUUCCUCUCUCCAUUUCUCAAUCCUACACCUCUCCAUCUUACCCCUAAAAUCUACCUAAAACGCCGCAUUCAAUCGACCAUCCGUUCAUGUUCAUCUUCAUCUGCCUCUGUUCAGGACAAACCUACUUCGGUUAACCCAGAUGUCUUUGGAGGUAAAAAGGAGCUUUCUCCUAUUCAAUCCCUUGUUGAUGCCAUGUCACCCCCCAUAAGAAUAGCUAGCUCCGCUUUGGUAUUUGCCGGUGCUAUUGCUGCUGGAUACGGACUUGGUCUUCGUUUUGGUGGGUCAAGGAAUGCUGGGGUCGGUGGUGCUAUUGCUCUUGGUGCUGCUGGUGCCGGUGCUGCUUAUGCAUUGAAUUCUUGCGCUCCUGAAGUCGCUGCUAUUAAUUUGCAUAACUAUGUAGCGGAUUUUGAGGACCCUGCUGCCUUGAACAAGGAAGAUAUUGAAGCAAUUGCCAAUAAGUAUGGUGUCAGCAGACAGAAUGAGGCAUUCAAUGCGGAACUACGAGAUAUAUAUUGCCGGUAUGUAUCUGCUGUCCUUCCUACCAGUACUGAAGAACUUAGAGGCGAUGAAGUUGAUAAAAUAAUCAAAUUUAAAAAUGCAUUGGGAAUUGAUGAUCCAGAUGCAGCAGAUAUGCAUAUGGAGAUUGGUAGGCGAAUCUUCAGGCAAAGACUUGAAACGGGAGAUCGUGAUGGAGAUAUGGAGCAACGUCGGGCAUUUCAGAAGUUGAUAUAUGUCUCAACUCUCGUAUUUGGAGAAGCAUCUUCUUUCCUUUUACCUUGGAAACGUGUUUUCAAGGUUACUGAUUCCCAGGUUGAGGUUGCUGUCAGGGACAAUGCACAACGGUUGUAUGCCUCCAAGCUUAAGUCCGUUGGGCGAGAUAUUGAUGUGAACCAGCUGGUCAGUUUGAGAGAAGCACAGCUUGCAUAUCGACUGUCCGACGAGCUUGCACAUGAGAUGUUUAAGGAGCAUGCAAGAAAGUUUGUUGAGAAAAUCAUAUCAACUGCUGUUGGCAUAUUGAAGUCAAGGACAAGAGCAACCAGGGAACCCACACGUGUCAUUGAGGAAAUUGAUAAGGUAUUGUCAUAUAAUAAUUUGCUAAUCUCACUGAAGAACCAUGCUGAUGCGAGUCGCUUUGCUCCUGGCAUUGGGCCAGUUUCCUUAGUAGGAGGGGAGUAUGACGGUGAUAGGAAGAUGGAUGAACUAAAACUUCUCUACAGGGCAUAUGUUACAGAUUCUUUGUCAAGUGGUCGGAUGGAAGAAGACAAGCUUGCCGCUCUGAACCAAUUGAGAAAUAUAUUUGGUUUGGGGAAACGAGAAGCAGAUACAAUCACAUUGGAUGUCACCUCAAAGGUAUACCGUAAACGACUUGCUCAAGCUGUUACCAGUGGUGAAUUAGAAGCGGCCGAGAGCAAAGCAGCCCAUCUUCAAGAUCUUUGUGAAGAAUUACAUUUUGAUCCGCAAAAGGCUCUUGAGAUUCAUGAAGAAAUCUACAGGCAAAAGCUUCAGCAGCUUGUCGCUGAUGGAGAACUUAGUGAUGAGGACAUGAAGGCAUUGGAGCGCCUGCAGGUAAUGCUUUGCGUUCCCAAGCAAACAGUUGAAGCUGCUCAUGCAGAUAUCUGUGGCAGUUUAUUUGAAAAGGUGGUUAAGGAAGCAAUUGCUUGUGGAAUAGAUGGUUAUGAUACCGAGACCAAAAAUUCUGUGAGGAAGGCAGCAUAUGGUUUACGAUUAACCAGGGAGGUUGCCAUGACUAUUGCUAGUAAGGCAGUCAGAAAGAUUUUCAUCACUUACAUUCAGAGGGCCAGAGGAGCUGGAAGCCGCACUGAAUCAGCCAAAGAACUGAAAAAAAUGAUAGCCUUUAAUAGUUUUGUUGUGUCUCAACUAGUUGCGGACAUUAAGGGUGAAUCAUCUGAUACACCACCAGAAGAGACUCCAGAGGAACAGAUUCAACAAAUCGAAGAGGAGGAUGAGGAGUGGGAGUCCUUGCAAUCACUAAGAAAAGUAAAACCCAGCAAGGAUAAUUUGAGAAAGGAAAUCCAGACCGAGAUUACUCUCAAGGAUGAUCUUCCGGAAAGAGACAGAACAGAACUUUACAAGACAUACUUGCUCUUUUGUCUAACUGGGCAAGUUACUAGAAUUCCUUUUGGGGUCCAGAUCACCACAAAGAAGGAUGACUCUGAAUAUGUUUUUCUAAGUCAACUUGGUAGCAUCCUUGGGUUGACUGAUAAUGAGAUUGUUGGAGUGCACCAAAAUUUAGCUGAGCAGGCUUUUAGGCAACAAGCAGAGGUGAUCUUAGCUGAUGGACAGAUAACGAAGGCCAAAAUGGUACAGCUCAAUGAGUUGCAGAAGAAUGUUGGCUUGCCGCCACAGUAUGCUCAGAAUAUAAUAAAGAGCAUCACAACAACAAAACUGGCGGCAGCCCUUGAAACUGCUGUUGCUCAGGGAAGGCUGAGCAUUAAGGAGAUUAGAGAAUUGAAAGAGUCCUCAGUAGACAUAAACACCAUGAUAUCCGAAAGUUUACGUGAGAAUCUUUUCAAAAAGACUCUGGAUGAUAUCUUCUCAUCUGGUACUGGCGAGUUUGACGAAGCAGAGGUAUAUGAGAAUAUCCCAAAAGAUCUUAAUAUAAAUGCUGAGAAGGCCAAAAAAGUUGUUCAUGAACUAGCUCGUAGCAGAUUAUCGAACUCACUUAUUCAGGCCGUGUCACUUUUGAGGCAGAGAAAUCAUAAAGCAUUGGUUUCUUCUCUCAAUGAUUUGUUAGCUUGUGACAAGGCCGUUCCUGCAACCCCAUUAUCUUGGGAGGUACCAGAAGAACUGGCUGAUCUAUUCAUCGUAUAUUUGAAGAGUGAUCCCCCACCAGAAAAGUUGUCCAGGUUACAGUAUCUGUUAGAUAUAAGUGAUUCAACAGCAGAAACAUUGAGAUCUGUGAAGGAUAGAGCACUACCAAAUGGGGCAGGAGAAGAGGAGUUUGUAUUUUGAUUCUCUUAUAGCUACUGAUAAAUGUUCGUAUAUUGUAGACGGGGAGAGACGGUUGCAGGUAUUUUUUGUUGUUUAAUGUAAGUGAGGUGUAUCUUUUUGCAGUGCUUUUAAGAUGUGAGCUAGAAUCAUUGGGGUCUCAUAGUUACAAGCUAUAGAUCCGAAGGAAAUUCAAGUGUACCAGUACAAAGAUCUGAUGUCGUUUGUGUAUCAAAGACGAAAUGAACUCCUUAGAGAGAAAAAUGAUCAAAAUAGUCCUUGACCGAUAGAGUCCUAAAUAAAUAUACAACUAACGAUGAAGGGGAAAAUAUCUGCUGUGAAA